GUUAAAGCUCGGAAACUUACAAAGAGCUGGCAGGAGCUGUCAAUCGGAGCGCUUCCCGCGCAAACUUAGUGUUGACCUGGAGAGUCAUGUCCUCUCUGUAUCGCGCUUUAGUUGAUGUAUUUAGGUAAUAUACAACAGGGAUACUAUUUAGCCUGACCGUGCACCGCGUCUAGUGCCAGCAGCAAAGACGUUUAGAGUCCAGGUGACUCGCUCAGCGCCGAUAUGAAUCGCAGCAGCGUCUGCACUCAGCAACAUGGCUCCUUAGGUAACUCGCUCGCUGGAUGCCCAAGGUGCCCGGCACGUUCGCAUCGUGCCUCCACGUCGCGCAGCCUGCGCCUGGGCGUUGCUGCAUUUGAUUGGUUUCGCCUCAACAAUCGCGAGAACAAGCAGCAGCCCUCGACGGCGACUGUCCCGCGAGAGGAUGGUUCGGUGGCGGCACAUACAGUCGCGCCCCCCGCGCCUGCGCCCGCACCGGCACCGGCACACAAGCGUGAUUUUCUGGAGGCACGGCAGGUGUCGCUCUUCCAGCUGUUUGACUCGUCCGAGUUUGUCUUCGACGUGCCGCCCUACCAGCGCCCCUACGCCUGGCGCACCAAGCAGAUUUACGAGCUGCUGCAGGACUUUGUGAGGGCGUACGAGUCCAGGCAGGAGUACUUCCUGGGUGCCAUUGUGGCCACCCGGGCAGCAUCCGGGGGCGCAGCCGGGGGGGCAACCGAUGGCGCGCAUACGCCGUACCAGCUGAUUGACGGCCAGCAGCGGCUCACCAGCCUCAUGCUACUGCUGGGCUACCUGCGCCACUGGGCGUCCUCUGCUACAGCCGCCCCCUCUGCUACAGCUGGCUCUGCUAUAGCCGCCUCCGGCCCCGGCCCGGGCCUGGAGGGGCGGCUGCGGCGCAUGCUGUAUCUGGAGGCGGACCCGCUGGACCCGGGCAGCACCGGCAGGUACCGGUUGCAGCUGCGUGAGCCUGACAACGCCUUCCUGCGCGCCCACAUGCUGGACGGCUGGCUGCCCACUCGCUUCCGGCGCGCAGGCAUCAUGGCGGCCGGGGCAGGCGGCAGCGGUAGCGCUGCUGACGCCGGAGGCGAGGAGAGCGCUGGCACUGGCGCUGGCGAUGGCUGGGGCAUCAGCAGUAUUGCUGGUGAGGUCGCGGAGGGGGCAGCUGGCGAGGUGCAGCCGCUGGCUAGCGAGUCGCACUGGCGGCUCUAUGAGAAUGCGACGUUCCUGAGCUCGCAGUUGGACCGGCUGGCGGCGGCGGGGCUCAAUCUGCAGGACUUUGCCUUCCACGUGCUGCGGAACUGCUUUGUGGUGCUGAUGGUGGCGCGUGACGAGAACGCCUCCUUCACCAUCUUCUCCUGCCUCAACGGCCGCGGCAUGGACCUGACGGUGGUGGACAAGCUGAAGGCCGAGCUGCUGCAGAGCCUGAGCCCGGCAGAGCGCGCCUCCUACGCGGCAGCCUGGUCUGACAUGGAGGCUGUGCUGGGCCGCCCUGCCUUUCACCGGGUGUUCACAUACAUGCGACGCCUGGCAGCAGUGCGCGACCCAGGACUGCUGUCAGCGGCAGCAGUUGGCGGGCUGGCGGUUGGAGGCAGUUAUGGCAGCUAUGGGGAUGCACGGGACGGAGAGGGUGGCAUGGAUGCGGAUGGGGCUGCGGCGGGCGUGCUGGAGUACUUCACGCGGCGCGCGGACGACCCGGCCGCGGUCAAGCAGAUCCUGCAGGUGGCUCUGGACUAUGCCCGCCUGCUGCUGCAGCUGCGGCAGGCCAGCUGGGUGCCGCCACCACUGCCGCCAUCACAGUCACUGCAACGGGAGCCGCUGCUGCCGCUGCCCCUCCCUGCGGAGGCGGAGGCGGAGCACCUGGCUUCCCUACAUCAGCAGCACACGCAGUGGGCAGCAGCCUCAGCCCACAGCUCCUCCACCUCCCUCUCCUCGCCUGCACCCGGACAACAGGAGCGCACAGCCGGCUCCGCUGCAGCCGGCCCACAGGACGCCGCCGCUCAGCAGCAGGCGGCGCUGCUGGCCGAGCUCAACGCCCGCUCCGCCGCCCUCAACCUGUUUGCGGAUGAGGCCUGGCUGCCGCCGCUGCUGGAGUUCUGCUACCAGACAGACGAUCUGGCGCAGCGUGUGCAGUUCAUGAAGGCGGCCGAGGCACUGCAGCUGCUGCUGGAGCUGCAGGGCGACGCCGCUGCCAAGGCCGCGCGCUGGGGAGUGGUGGCUGAGGCGCUGCUGUCACGCCCCUUCAGCCCACGCGCGGUGCUGCAGGCGGUGGCGCUCAGCAACCUGGAGCGAGCGGCAUUCAGGGCGCUCCUGGACGCCAAGGACCUGUACGGCACCGCGGAGCAGCGCACCCUGAGGCACCUGCUGCUCAGGUGCGAGCCGCCCUCGGUGUGGGCGCAGGUGCCCGACAUCCGCGGCCUGCACGUGGAGAAGGUGGUGCCGCAGAGCGCGCCCGAGGGCUCCACGUGGCGCAAGACACGCCUCAGCACGCCCUGCGACCCCCAGUCCGCCUGGCCCCCCGUCUGGUUCGACAGCGGCAGCGGCAGCAGCAGCGGCAGCAGUUGCAACACCAGCCCCGGCGCCAGCAUCAGCAGGAGCACACGCGAUCUUAACAGCAGCGCUGCGUCGGAGCCGGCCGCAGACGUUGCCUCCUCAUUCACCUCCUCUGCUGCAGCCGCCACUGCUGCUGCAGCCGCCUCUGCCGCAGCCUCCUCAUCCUAUGAAGUCAAGUACUGGUACGACGUGCAGCGGCUGCACUGGCACGGCAAGCUCGGCAACCUGGUGCUGCUGCCCGCCACCGCCGCCACCGCCUCCGCCGCCGCCGCCGCCACCGCCUCCACUGCUCCCAGCCCUCCAUCCUCCUCCAAGUCCUCAGCGUCGCCCUUGACGCAAUCUGCUGCUGCUCCCCUCGCGGCAUCCGCAGCGUUAGCACCGGCGCCAGCCGCCGCAACGACAGCCACCACCUCCUCCUCCGGCUCCUCUCUCCACCAGCAGCACCACCAGCACCACCACCCCAACGACUACGACGCCAAGGCGGCGCAGUGGCGGGCUGCGGGCGCCGGGGCGCGGCUGCCCGGCUUUACGGGGCCGCUGCUACAGCCGGGGGCGGGGCGCUACAGCCGCUUCCGCUUCUGCUAUGACGAGUGCCGGCAGCGCCACCAGGACCUGCUGGACCGACUGACCGCCGUGUUCGACCUGUGAGGAGAAGAGGUGUGGAACCCCGGCGAGCCUCGUAAGGCUAUGCCGGACUGGCUGGCUGACUGGGUGCGGUGUCGUCGUAGGUGGGGUAGGCAUGUAGGAUGCGGCCACCGGCGCAGCAGCUGGGUUGCAGCAGUUAGUUGAGUAGUCGUGUAGACGUAUAGUGCAAUGCAACGUAGGCAAAACAGCACUGCAGCAGUUAAGGGGUGGCGCGUUUGAGGUGUUGCAGGUGAGUUUGGCUCUGGUGUUGAUUAGCGUUGCUGUAUCGUCGUAGAUGGGUAGGCACGCGGGAUGCACGAUGCAGCGGCCGUGUGAGUGGGGGGGCAUGGCAUGGACGUGCAACGGUUACGUCCAACGAUGAAGCAAACACGAGGUACGCAGCGCUUACACAGCCUAGCUCACUAACAAACAAACUUGCUGGAGAGAAGCUGGGGCGACGCUGUUGUAUUCUCGGUUGGGCAGGUAUGCUUGGUUGGGCAGGUUUCAGAGGCGCCGGUUGAGCGAGUAAGCAGCAUCAGAGACUUGAAUGAGGCGCGUGAAGAGUACGGAGCAAAGGGGUUCAGGCUGCAGUAGUUGUGUCAGGUGGCGGAGGUGUAGGCGGUGAGGUGGCCAGCCAUACCGUAGUACCCGUGGCGGGUAAAAAGGGGGGUGCGAGGCCCAAGCAGGCCGUCGAUGUAUCUGCUGCAUGCGCACCCGGACGGCCAUGAAGGUGUGAGAGUAAAGCCAUGUUAUGUCGGUGAGUCCGCGAGUCACAGUUGA